GGUCAUGCAGAAAACUUCCGUCUUUAGCGAGCGAUUCCACACAGAAAGGAAAAUAUUCAAAAGAGUUAGCGAGCUAAUCAGCAGUCAAAUAAACACAUAUAGGAGCUCCACACAGCGAUCGUCCGGGCCCCCCAGGAGUGAAUGACGCUCCCCCCCAUCCCUUCCACACCCUGACGAGGAUGACAAUGGAAGAGAUGAAGAAUGAAGCGGACGCGACCUCCAUGGUAUCCAUGACCCUCUACGCCGUGAUGUACCCGGUGUUCAAUGAGCUGGAGAGUGUAAAUCUGUCUGCGGCACAGACUCUGCGAGCUGCUUUCAAAAAGGCAGAGAAGGAAAACCCAGGACUGACUCAGGACAUUAUCAUGAAAAUACUGGAGAAGAAGAACGUGGAGAUCAACUUCACCGAGUCUUUAUUACGCAUGGCUGCUGAUGAUGUUGAGGAGUACAUGAUUGACAGGCCCGAGCGGGAGUUCCAGGACCUGAAUGAAAGAGCUCGCGCGCUGAAACAGAUCCUCAGCAAAAUCCCAGACGAAAUUAAUGACCGAGUCCGAUUCCUGCAGACAAUCAAAGAUAUAGCCAGUGCCAUAAAAGAGCUGCUGGACACAGUGAACAACGUCUUCAAGAAAUAUCAGUACCAGAACAGAAGGGCACUUGAGCAUCAGAAGAAAGAGUUUGUGAAACAUUCGAAAAGCUUCAGCGACACUCUGAAAACAUACUUCAAAGACGGAAAGGCAAUAAACGUGUUUGCCAGUGCCAACCGGCUCAUCCACCAAACCAACUUGAUACUGCAGACCUUCAAAACUGUCGCAUAGGAGUCAUAGAAGUGUAUUUUUUUAAAGUAACCUUUAUAUGAACAAUGUAAAAAAGCAUACAAAAAAUCCUUUGGACUGUAAUUUAUGAUUCUUGUCUCCUGGCUGUAACACUUAAGGCAGGAUGGCUUCUAUUAUGGUUUCUAACCCCAUCUAAAUCUAAUCUUCUUCAUGAGCUGGAGUGACCGUCCAGCGCUUCUCAUAUCCUGAGCUUUACAGUCGUGGAGACGCUCGCGCUCGCUUUUUUUUUUUUUUCUCGCUGUUUCGCUUCAGACGUGUUUCGUUCUGUACGGUCAGUCCAAGAGAAAGCCAAAUGCCUGCCUAUGGGGGGAGGACGGGGUGAUCCAGACGCGCUUGUAAAUGCUGGGAUUUAGCAGUCUCCUCUGAUGCUUUGAACUUGAAUGAGAGAUGUAUAUUUAAUAGAUAUUUGGUAACAGAAUUGUUCAAAUAAACACAGCACAUGUAAAACUUGCA